CAGCCGUUCUGGAUGCAAGGAUGAAGCUCACUCUGCUCUGCAUGCUGGGAUUUUUCUGUAUCGAAGCAACCCUGACGGCAGACAGAACAACGACGGUGGCAGAGAUUUCUCACAGGGUCUCAGUGGUCCUCCAUCCCAGCUGGCCUCGGAUCUACAGAGGAGAGACGGUCAUUUUGAGAUGCCAGAUCCAGGAAGCUGGAGGAGCUCAGUGGACGUAUGAAUGGAAAACAACCAAUAGAAAGUCUCUAAUACCGCGUGAAUAUAUGAACAUCUCAGCCGCCGAGGCUCACAGUGGGGAAUACAGCUGCAGAGGGAAAGGAGAAGGCCUGACACCAUGGAGUAAUGUUGUUAAACUAACUGUAUUGUCUCCCCCUCAGCCUGUCCUCUCUGUGUCUCCAUCAUGGCCGAAUCCUGGAGCCUCAGUGACUCUGAGCUGUGAGGGUUUGGAGCUUCAAUCAGCAGGAUGGAGGUUCUUCUGGUAUAAAACUGUCCCUGAUCUGUUCAGCCGCUACACCUAUGAGCUGCUUCCUGGCAGCACCAAUGGUACUGAGCAGAACUCCUUCAUCAUUAAUGGACCGACUCUCACAGCAGGAUUUGUGUGCAGAGCAGGAAGAGGAGAACCAAAGUUUUACUCUUAUUACAGUGAACCAAAGUUUGUCUGGUCUGCAGGUCAGUUUGUUUUUUUGCUCUCAAUAAAAAACAAAUUUCAGAGUUUUUUUUUUAACCUGAUCCAAUGUUUCUUUUAGACGCUUCUUCAACCUUAAUACAAAUAAAAGAUUUCGAAAAUUGACUUCUGUUCACUUAAGACACAACACUGGAAAGAAAAAAAUCUUUUUGAUCAUAGUCAUCUAAUAAAUCAUUUGCAUUAGGGGAUAAUAAACAUGACUU